AGGACGUUGCCAGGACCCAUUAGUGCCACUAGUUCUUCAGAUAUGGUGAAACAAUACUUGCCCCUUCCUGUAGAGACAAUGUCACCAGUCGGGCUCUUCCCAAACUUCAACACGAUGGAUCCAAUACAGAAGGCUGUCAUCAAUCACACCUUUGGUGUUACCUUGGUACCUAAAAAAAAGCAGGUUAUUUCCUGUAAUGUCUGCCAACUGAGGUUCAACUCUGAUUUACAGGCAGAGGCUCAUUUCAGAGGCAGCCGUCAUGCUAAAAAGUUUAAAUCUCAGGAGAACAAGACUAAAGCCAAACAGUCUGUCGCUGCAAAGACCAAUGGGAGACGCUGUGAUCCUGUCCACUCCAUCUCUACUAACACAGGCAGUGAGCCUCCACCAUCCAGCCCCCCCUCUGCUCUGUCAGCUCCAGGCCUUUUGUCUUCUUCCUCGUCAUCCUCAUCUUCUUCUAAAUCCUCCCCUCCAGCUCCAGUCACCUCCACGUCCUCCUCUGCUCCUCCCGUACAGACCUCAUGCUCCCAGGAUGGUGCUCCCUCAGCAGAGUUGGAGGAGGAGAAGGCCAAAAAGCUUCUGUACUGCUCUCUGUGUAAAGUCGCCGUUAACUCUCUGUCUCAGCUGGAGGCUCACAACGCCGGUUCAAAGCACAAAACAAUGCUGGAGGCUCGCAGCGGUGCAGGGCCGAUCAAAGCUUACCCUCGACCAGGAGCCAAGCUGAAGAGCUGCAGCAGCUCGAGAAUGAAUGGCUCUGGGCUGCAGAACAAAACCUUCCAUUGUCAGAUAUGCAACGUCCAUGUCAACUCUGAGAUCCAACUUAAACAGCACAUUUCCAGCAGGAGGCACAAGGACCGAGUGGCAGGAAAACCCACCAAACCCAAAUACAGCCCUUAUAAUAAACAGCGGGGCAGCUCACUUCUUAUUGUGUCCUUGUUUCCUCAGAAGGAGCUGGUGAAACCUACAAUCGCUCCCUCCUUUCUCUCCACUCCUUUUGCUCCUUCUCCCUCCCCGCUCCCUUCUCCUAUUUCCCUCCCCCCCUCGCCAACGUCGUCCCUCUUCAGCACCUCCUUCCUGCGCCCGGCCCCCGGACCCAUCAGAGCGAGUCAUAGACCUAUUCUUUUCUCGCCAUACUGA